UUCAUAAUAUUCAGGUUAUUUAACAAUAUUUAUUUGCACUGUUAUUUGUCGUUUAAAUGAAAUUAAUUCUAUUUAAUUUAUAUUAAAUUAUACUCUUUCAAAUACAUUUUUAUAACAAAUGAUUUUCGAAUUCUGAGUAUGAGAGUCAUCGAAUUUUUCAGCGGUAUCGGUGGAAUGCAUUUCGCCCUAAAAGAAUGCAAUUUGAAAAAUUUUGAAGUUGUCCUAGCUGUAGAUAUAAAUACAGUAGCAAAUGCAGUGUACAGACAUUUUUUUCCAUCGACUAACCUCAGAGAUUUGAAUAUCCUUUCACUUAGUCCAGAACAGUUUGAUGCAUAUUGUCCAGAUAUAUUAUUGAUGAGCCCACCAUGUCAACCUUUCACAAGAAAUGGUCUUGUCAAGGAUAUUAAUGAUGAAAGAACAAAGCCACUGCUGCACAUUAUUGAAAAUAUAAUUCCUAAAUCAAAAUCACUUAAAUAUAUUUUAGUGGAAAAUGUUAAAGGAUUUGAAAGUUCUUUGGCUAGAGAUAAAUUAAUUUCUGCUUUGAGUCAGUCAGGUUUUACAUUUAAAGAAUUUCUUCUAAGUCCUGUACACUUUGGCAUAUGCAAUUCAAGAUUGAGGUAUUAUUUAUUAGCCAAGAAGAAGCCAUUAGAUUUUGCAAUACCCUUACAAAAUGAUAUCAUAACUGAAAAUAAUUGGGACAAUAAAUUGUGCAAUCGCGUUAAACAAGUUUCAGAUGUAUUAAGUAUAUCCGACGCAGAAUUAGAUGAAUAUUUGAUUAAUGACAAGCAACUAUUGAAAGGCGGCAAAGCUUUGGACAUUGUUACCAAACACAGUAAGAGGUCAUGUUGCUUCACUCGUUCAUACAGUUCAUAUUUAUGCGGCACAGGUUCCGUUUAUUCCAGUUUAUGUGAAGAAAAUAUUAAAGAAAUUAUUAAGGACAACGACAAUAAUUUAGAAGUGCUGAAAAGUUUAAAAUUAAGAUUUUUUACACCUGCAGAAGUUGCAAAGUUUAUGUGUUUUCCUGUAACCGAUUUUCCAGUCAGCAAUAAAAAGGCAUACCAACUUCUGGGAAACAGUAUAAAUGUUUAUGUUGUUUCGCGGUUAUUAUGUUUAUUAUUGCCUUAAGCCCUUAACUUUAUUAUUGUUAUACAUAAUUAUAUUUAUAUAUGUUAUAUGUAAAUUACUACAUUUUUCAAAUAUGGUUGUUAAUAAAGUAAGUUCUAAAAUAUUGUAUUUUUUUUAUAUCAUGAAAUAUUUAUUUAAUUAUUUUAAGAUAAAUCAUUAAUCAAGAUAUUAUUUAAUCUCCAUAUAAGGACAUUGCAAUACAUUUUAAAUUUAUCAAAUAUUUUUAUUUGAUAUAAUUAUUAAAAUUCUACUUUUAUCUAUUAGAUUAUUCAUGUUUAUGUUAUUCCAACAGAUUCUAGUAAUGUUUACGUUCGAAGGUACUUACUUAUGUCAAUGGUAAAAAAAUAAAUGUUAACUAUUAUAGAUUACAACUUGUUUGAAACUUAAUUUAACACACAAUAGAAAAUUGAUAAACAAAAGUUUAAUAUAUAAUAUACAUAUAUAAAUAAAUGAUAUAUGAUAAUUUUUA